AUGAUUUUAGAGAUAUAUGGAUCUACGGAUGUUUUAACAUUAGUUUUAAUAGUACUAUACCUUCCUGUGUUUUUAAUAGGUGUAGUCGGUAAUGCCAGUAUGGUUUUUAUCGUUGCUACGUCACGGCGUUUAAGAAGUGUCACCAAUCUGUAUUUGUCUAAUAUGGCCGUAGCGGAUUUUGCAGUGUGUAUUGUGUGUAUACCAAUGGCUGUGGGACAAGCUGUCUAUAGUGUUUGGAUAUAUGGGGAAUUUAUGUGCAAAAUGACGGCGUUUUUACAAGGAGUGACUGUUUGUGCCAGCAUCUUCACCAUCGCCGUUCUCAGUCUGGAUCGCCUUCUUGCCAUUAGACAUCCUAUGAUAUUUAAGAGGGUGGCUAAUUAUAAAAUAGCCGCGAAGAUGAUUUUGGUGAUAUGGAUUUUAUCGUGUGGUAUAAUGGCGCCAUUAAUAGUGUUUCGUAAAACACAAACAUUGCCGAUUAGUCCGAAUGAAAGCUUAUAUUUCUGCCACGAGGAUUGGCCGAGUCUUCGUGAUCGCCAAAUAUAUGACAGUUGCCUAUUUGUUAUUGUUUAUGUUAUACCCGGUGUAAUGAUUGCCAUUAGUUACGGUCUGAUUGGCCGACAGCUGUGGACAGAAGAUGAAGAUUUGAAACGAUCAGAGUCUGAAAUUGGUCGUGGAAUGUCGCAAAAGAUAAUGGCGGGUCGGAAAAGAGUGGCAAAGAUGUUGAUUGCGUUGUCGGUAUUGUUUGCUGUUUGUUGGUUGCCGUAUUACAUUGUGACUCUUUAUCUCGAUUUCGAGACACACAGAACGAAAGAUUACUUGGUGGUGUUACCAUUUACCAUAUUUCUUGGGCAUGCAAAUAGUGCUCUAAAUCCCAUUCUAUAUUUUUAUACAAGUCAAAGUUUUAGAAAAUAUCUUAUCAAAUGGAUCCAAUGUAAUAAAUAUACACAAAGACAAGAAACGCCAGUAAACCUCGUGGUGAACUACCCACCACAAGAUGGCGUAUUAGAGAAGAGAAUAUCUCGUCGUCCAAUCAGAAAGAUUCUAACCGGAAGCACGUGCUCUUCGAGAUCAAGUAGCUUACGGUUUUCACGUUCAAGUAACGCAAGUUUAAAAUCAUCUAAUACUUCUAAUUAUUCGUUAAAAAGAAAAGAAAACGCAAAAAAGGAAAUGAUCGGAUUAAAAGAGAUUCCUGUUAUUCAGUUGUCAAAUGACGAUCACCAUGAUAACCAACUGAACGGUCAAAUUCAAAAUACGAAACAUCGGAAAGCCAUAAUGGAUUUCACGCUAAGUAUUCCAACCACAAUACAGGAAGAGAGUUCUCGGUCUCGAGCAUCAAGCCCGUUUCAAAAUCCCUCCAUCGCUUGCAUACAGGAAGAGUUGUCAGAGAAAUUUGACACAGCUGCCACCGUGGAGGACAGUGCUGCUAGUGACGUCGAUAGAUUAGGUGCAUUCGUUUGAACGGUGUAAUAAAUCAGUGCGUUCAAUAAUGGUUGCAGACUGAAAACUUCACAGUGAUGGUCGUUUCCAGUUACAGAGAAGACAAUCAUUGACAAAGUCGAAAAUUAAUAUUUAUUGAUAAAAAUGUUAAUUGCAAAAUAGCCGAGUUGAGGUGCUAAAUUAAAUCAACUGUAAAACGAAGUAACAUAACUGGAAACAACAACGUUAAACUACAACAACUCUCCGGAAAUUUAACACAAUAAUAUUUCAAAUAGCUUCUUUUGUCCGUAUACAUUUACUACAAUAACCCAUAUCGAUUUGUAUCAGCCCACAGUAAACGGUGUUGAUUUUUGUCUACCCACAUUAAACCAUAUCGGUUUGUAUUGGACAGUAGUAACCCAUAUCAUUUGUACCCUCUCCCAUGAUAAACCAUGUCGACCUGUAACCACCCCCAGUA